CAGAACUCAAACUCGAUCUCUCUGCUGCAAUUCAGUUUGUGUUUCAGCCAUGGUGGAGGUUCUCUUCGACGAUAUCUUCAGGGUUGAAAAAUUAAACCCCGAUGACAAAAAAUUAUUCGAUAAAGUUACUCGCAUUGAAGCAAGAAGUGAAAGGUUUGACAUGUUUAUGCACCUAGACAUCAAUUCCGAGUUAUAUCCGUUAAAGGUGGGUCAGAAAUUCGCACUUUUACUGGUUCCUACGCUUAAUCCCGAUGGAACACCAGACACCGGCUAUUACACUCAGAUCAAUCGGCAAUCACUGGCUAACAAUUUUGAAUAUGUCAUGUAUGGGAAGCUCUACAGGAUUACUGACGGUUCAGGGCGUGAAAAAGCGGAGUUAAAUAUUUCAUUUGGUGGGCUUCUGAUGAUGCUGAGGGGAGAUGCAUCUCAUUGCAACAAAUUUGAGCUUGAUCAGAGGUUGUAUCUUUUGAUGAGGAAAGUCUGAAAAUUACUAAAGAAAGUGAGUUUGAAACUACAUUGUAGCAAAUCGACAGCAACAGUUUCUUAGUAUUUGAGUAAUUUGUCUGCCGAUUAUCAUACUAAUCCGGGUGUUUACAACCACGUUUAAAAACCAAAUAUUUGGUGAUUUGAUUACAGUCAUUCCCCCUGUGUGUUUAAGGAUAAUUAUAGUAAUCAUUUCCCUGGUUUGGUUAUUUAUAUGCCUACAUUAGUUAGAGGGACUAAAGCACUCAAGUUACAUAAAUAC